CCGGUGUAUUAUGCUAGGCGUCGAGCCGUCCUACCUCAUAAGAGACUGAGCACUCGGUCGCUACACAUCGGACGCCGGCCGCCUAUUUAAAUUGGCCGAUAGUUCGGUUUUUUUAUUUUAUAAAGUGAGUGGUGCGGAUAAAUGUGCAGCGAUGACAGUGACAAAAAAGAGCGAGGGAUCCGCGGCGCGAAAGAAAAGCGCCGCUAACAAGAUUAGCACCGCAGGUGCCGCAUCCACGAGCCAGGUCGCGACGUCAGCCGCGAGUUCAUCAUCCGUGGUGGUAAAAUCCAGCUCCACGACCGAGGUAGUUGAAAAUGUGGUGGAAGAAGUUUUGCAAGUAAGUCAGACGGAAGAUGUGCAGCGUAAGCGGAAAUUUACCAUCACGGAGAGCAAUGGCAGUGUGCUGGCCGUAGAAUUGGGAGAAGUAAUGGAGAGCAGAGAACUGGCACAGUCGCAGAGUCAAAAUUCGUUUUCUAGCUCGCAAAUUUCUAAUUCGGCCUCGUCGUCCCACCAGAUGAUGGAAUCCGCGAGUUCUAGUUUAAUGGAAUCUCAAUUGAUGGAAUCUAACAGUUCCAACGUGUCGCAGUCGCAAAGCGUGGAAGCGAGCUCGAGCUCACAGAAAAUGUCUAGUUCCAGUUCCCAAAUUCGGGAAUCGCAGUCAAAAGUCACGGAGUCGGCCUCAAUGGUGAGCGAGGCUGCUUCCAGUGUGAUAGAAACAGACGCCAUGGCCUCUAUUAUGGAGGCGGCUUCCUCCCUUCAAUCCAUGAGCAUUUCCGAAUCAAAAUCAAGCAAACGGCAAUCGACCGUUUCAAAAUCUUCCAGUAAAUCAGAGAUGUUUGAAUCGAAUUCUAGCACGGCAAUUAGCGCAGGUGAAGUUCACGCGUAUUCCGCUUUCGAAAGCGCACAGAGUGAAUUUUCUUCCUCGAUGCAGGCGCAACAGUCCUCCAGCAGCCGCAGCGUACAGGACGGCGUCGAGUAUGUGAGCAUCCCUGCUGCAGGGAGGCCGUCUUACCGGCAGGAGGUGGUGAGAAGCAGCUCCAACAAGGAGAUCGUGCAACAGUCCUCGUCCAGCAGCGUGGUUAAGAGCAGCUCCAGCGUCAACGUCACCGAACAGGGCGAGGCCACGAUGCUGUCCUACAGCAGGCCGGCGGCGGGCAUACAGACGGUCAACACCAGCCGCACCACCUACGCCGUAGACAGCGACGCAACUGGAUCCUCCUCCACGUCUGCGGUCAAGACCAGCUCCAGCUCGGAUAACGCUGAGAAGGGCCAGGCGAGAGUCCUAACGUACGACCUGCCUGCGGCCGGAAAGCCGACCGUCAACCGAGGCCCAAGGCCCAACGCCAGCUCGAGCGAUGCUGCCGGCAGCCUCAAAGAAGUGCCCGGCCAGACGAUGCACUACAUCAACAUGGACGAUGGUAGCAGUGUUAAAAUCACUGAAAUCGUGUACCAGCAACCGAUGCAGGCUGCUGGAAAGCCGUCCGUCUCACAGCAAAACAUCCGUGAGCAACGCAAUGCCACCGCCCAAAUCGUUGGCACUGACCUGCAAAAUGUGUCCGUGGAGGAGACAACCGUCUACAAGUCAUUGCCGACAGCAGGAAAGCCGUCUGUUUCUUCAAGAGAUCAGAAGGACCUGUUGUUGCGUCAGCAACAGCAAAAAAGGUCCAACAUUGAAUUCACAGAUGACAGAGGCUCGACUAGCUUCGUCGAAGAACACGCCUAUCAACCUAUGGCUACCGCUGGAAAACCCUCAGUGUCCACGAGGACGAGUCAGUGGAGCCGUGAUCAAAAGGGUGCACAGACCAGGGUUCUAGAGAGCCAACAUGGCAUGGUUGUCGAAGAAUCUACACACUACCAAACGUCAAAAACAUCUACACAAGACCAAAAAAGUUCUGCGAGUUAUGUGGUGGAGGAGGCGGAAUAUAAACCCAUGCCGACCGCUGGAAAGCCGUCAAUGUCCAGAAAUCAACUUUGGGACAGUCAGAAACGAGACUCUGACGGUCAGGAAUCGGUGACCCACCGCUCAAUGCCAACAGCUGGAAAACCGUCUGGUCGAGACGCUAAUAUCGACCUUCAUGACGGUCAAAAAAAGGUGACCACCGAGGAGGUCACGUAUCAGCCAAUGCCUACCGCUGGAAAGCCCUCGAUGUCCAGAAAUCAACUUUGGGACAGUCAGAAACGAGACUCUGACGGUCAGGAGUCGGUGACCCACCACUCAAUGCCAACAGCUGGAAAACCAUCUGGUCGAGACGCUAAUAUCGACCUUCAUGACGGUCAAAAAAAGGUGACCACCGAGGAGGUCACGUAUCAGCCAAUGCCUACCGCUGGAAAGCCCUCGAUGUCCAGAAAUCAACUUUGGGACAGUCAGAAACGAGACUCUGACGGUCAGGAGUCGGUGACUCACCGUUCAAUGCCCACAGCCGGAAAACCAUCUGGGCGAGACGCUAAUAUCGACCUUCAUGACGGUCAAAAAAAGGUGACCAUCGAGGAGGUCACGUAUCAGCCAAUGCCGACCGCUGGAAAGCCGUCGGUUUCGACCAGAACGGUGCAGUACUCUACCUACUCGGACGACGUGUCCAGCGAAUCCCAGCAAAGACACGAAUCCAUCACCAUGGAGCAAAGAACGUCUGUGUCGUCGCACGAAAUCAUGAGCAACACUACCCAGCGCCCAACCCCGACGCCACGAAACCUCGGCGCAACCGACAACGGUGACCAGCAGGUUUUAACCACGGUCGAGAAAAUCAUCUACACGCCGAUGCCGGCGGCUGGAAAGCCGUCCGUCGCAAAGCGUCCGGACGAGAGUCCGAAAACGAAGCCGGCCGCGGGCCGCGCCACGAUGCCGCAGGACGUGCUCAAGGAGCUGAAGAAAAGACAGAGUUCGCAAAAUGUGUUCUCCUCCGACAGCACGACGGUGGAGGAGAAUUACAGCAGCAGCAGUGUCGACAUUUCGAGCACCAACACAAAUAAUACACAGCAGUCCAUAAUUAACGAGACGAUUGUAAUCAGCAGCAACGAGGGUGGUAGCACUCGCGAUGGCUCAAAGGAUUCGAAAUUUAUCGCGUCACAGCAGCAAACAUCGCGAGAUAAGGAGAGCACACGUGGGGUUGCCGAACAAAGUGUCACUAUUGAAGACGUUACAGCAUCUCAUGUGGCCGAAAAUCGGGAACAAAAAGUGGCGAGAGGGAUGGCAGGAGAGAAGAAGAGCAAAACGGAAAAAUACUCCCAGCCCAAAGUCGAGCAGUGCGUUUGUGAAAUCUGCACUUGCGGCCGGCACCAUUGCACACAUGGAGGAGCAAACGAGCCUAUUUUCACUCCAACAAAAGGCGCUGACGUCCCUGCGGACUCGAUUUCACACACGGAAUACAAGGCGUUCAGACCUGAUGAGGUGGACAGACCAAAAAUCAAGAGGCUGGACACCGUCCUGCACCAGGAAGGAGAAAUCGACACAAGCACAACUUCUAAGACCACUUUCGUGCCUAUGCCGUUCGAAAGGCAAAAACCGAUUAAGCGCGAGUCUGAGCUGCACCUGACUGAAGGAGAAAUUGAAUCGGUCUCGGCGUACCGCUCAGAAUUCGACAAAAAACAGGCUGAAAGGCAAAAAGGAUACAAGUAUGAAGACCACUUGCAUCUGGAAGGACCUUUCCAAGGCGUGCCUCAUUUGCGUGAGGACUACAAGCCUGUGGUUGGCGAAAGGGCAGAAGUGCGAAAGUACGAAGAUCACCUUCGGCUCGAAGGUGAAUUUUCGGGCCAGAGUCGAAACAAAGAAGAGUUCAAAGUUGUGCGUGGCGAGCGUGCGGAGAUCCGGCGCCAAGAAGACCACCUUCGGAUGGAGGGACACUUUGAGGGCACCCGCAAGGACGAGUAUUCGGGCGUCAAGGGUGUCCGUUCCGAAAUUAUCAAGCAUCGUGACAAUCUCCACCCUGAGGGCGAAUUCCUUGGCAAAAGGGAAACGCCGGUGCCACAGAGGGGAGAGAGGGCUGACGUGAAACGCCCUGAAGAUAACCUUCGACCUGAGGGCGAGUUCACAAGGCGUAAGGAGGAUGCCGCCCCGGGAAUAGGGGAGCGCGCGCAAAUCAAGAAGCCCGUGGAUAAUUUGCGUCCUGAAGGUGAAUUUACAGGGCGAAGAGAUAACUUUGUACCUGGCAAAGGUGAAAGGGCGCCUGUCAAGAAGCCUGAGGACAAUCUGCGGCCGGAAGGAGACUUCACUGGCCGCAGAGACGAGCCAGGUCCAUUGAAGGGCGAAAGGGCCGCUGUGAAAAUUCCAGCAGACAACCUUCGCCCUGAAGGCGAGUUCACCGGAAAGCGAGAUGAUUACGUGCCAGGAAAAGGUGAAAGGGCGCCCAUGAAGAAACCGACCGACAACCUGCGGCCGGAGGGAGAGUUCACCGGCAGAAAGGAGGAGCCGGCUCCUCUGAAGGGUGAGCGAGCUCCUGUCAAAAAGCCGGUGGACAAUUUGCGUCCUGAAGGCGAAUUCACAGGCAAGAGAGAUAAUGCCGAGCCUGGAAAGGGCGAAAGGGCAGAAGUGAAAAGGCCGAAAGACAACCUUCGUCCCGAAGGAGAUUUUACUGGAAAAAGAGAAGAGCCUGCGCCUCUGAAAGGAGACCGCGCGCCAGUGAAAAAACCAACUGAUAAUCUGAAGCCCGAGGGUGAUUUCAUCGGGAAGAGAGAUAAUAUCGUUCCUGGUAAAGGUGAAAGAGCCGACGUGAAAAAACCUGAGGACCACCUCAAGCCCGAAGGAGAUUUUGUUGAUUUUACCACCUCGAAAGCAGAUUUCACCGGCGAGCUCGUCGAGCGCCCGAAGAUGGUGCGCCGCAACACGUUUACUAAAUUGGAAGGUGAUCUCUCGUUUGAAGAAACCACAAGCAAAAGCGAAUACAAAGCGCACCAAUCGGUUGAGCGCAUUGAGGUCACGCGCCACCGAGAUAAUUUGACUGUUGGCGAAGGACGUUUUGAGCACGUCACGCAAUCCCAGGAAGAUUUUGAUGUAAAAAACACUGGACUUGUGCGUGGAGAACGCAGAAGGACUUGGACCAAACUUGACGGUGAACAAUUCUUUGAGUCCACAAAUGCGACUGCGUUCAAAUCUGUGUCGCGAAAUGAGAAAAGCGAAGUCAUACGGCACGAAGAUAAUUUACGCCUCGAAGGAGAAUUUAUUGACGACCGUCCAAAGAAUGAUUCAAGGCCUCUAAAAGGCGAGAGGGCUGAUGUAAAGCGUCCUGUCGAUCAUUUGAAGCCAGAAGGCGAAUUCGAGGGGAGGCCAAAAGAUGAUUUCACGCCUAAGCGAGGAGAGCGCGCCGAUGUCAGAAAACCCAGAGACAACCUUCACCCAGAAGGUGACUUUGCUAAAAGGGAGCGCGAGUCUCCAAAAAGGGCCGAUCGAGCAACGCCGAUCAAACCGUCCGAUAACCUGAAACCUGAAGGACAGUUUGACAGACCAGAAAAGGAGGCUUAUGCGCCUGGCGAGCGGCAACAGCCAAUCAGACAAAAAGACAACCUGAAGCCCGAGGGCGAGUUCACGAGGAAGGAAAAAGAAUCUCCAAAGCGUGGAGAGAGACCAGGUCCCGUGAAACCAACUGAUAAUUUGCAUCCGGAGGGAGACUUCCAACGGCCUGAGAAGGAAAAAUACUCGCCAGGAGAACGGCAGGCGCCCAUCAGGCAACACGACAAUUUGCGGCCGGAGGGAGACUUUGAGGGCCGCCCUAAAGACGAUUUCACCCCCAAGAGGGGCGAAAGAGCAGAUGUCAGAAGACCUAAGGACAACUUGCAUCCUGAAGGCGAUUUUGCCAAAAGAGAAAAGCCGGUUCCUGCUCGCGGUGACAGGCAAUCCCCGAUCAAACAAAAAGACAAUUUGAAACCUGAAGGUGACUUUGAAGGACGGCCUAAAGACGAUUUCGGCCCCAAACCCGCCAGAGGUGACAGGGCGCCGGUCGUCAUUCAUGAAGAUCACCUGAGAAUGGAGGGUGAAUUUGAUGACUCUUACCGAUCUAGAAAUGAAUACAAUGUUACAAGAGUUGAAAGAACCCAGAUGAUUCGUCAGGAAGACAAUUUGCAUUUACAAGGCGAAUUUGUAGACCAGCGACACAGGGAUGACUAUAGCCACACCCGCGGCGAACGUGCGCCGGUUCGCAAACCAGUAGAUAAUUUGCAUCCUGAAGGAAGCAUCGAGGCUCGGCCUAAAGAUGACUUCUUGCCAAAGCGUGGUGAGCGUGCCGACGUCCGCAAGCCCCAGGACAACCUGCGGCCCGAGGGCGAGUUCACUAAAAGAGAUCGCGAGUCACCCAAACGCGGAGAAAAGCCAACUCCUAUCAAGCCCACCGACAAUCUGCACCCUGAAGGGUCCUUCCAACGACCUGAGAAGGAAGGCUUUACACCUGCAGAGCGUCAGUCGCCUAUCAAGCAUCCAGACAAUCUGCGGCCUGAAGGUGAUUUCCAAGGACGCCCUAGGGAUGAUUUUACGCCAAAACGCGGAGAGCGUGCUGAAGUGAAGCGACCGCACGAUAACCUGCACCCUGAAGGUGACUUUGAAGGACGGCCGAAAAAAGAUUUUGUGCCUGCGCGAGGUGAUCGAGCACCGAUUGUGAAGCACGAGGACCAUCUCAGAAUGGAGGGCGAAUUUGAUGAUACAUAUCGCUCAAGAAACGAGUACAAUGUUACGCGUACUGAGAGAACUCAAAUGAUCCGCCAAGAGGAUAAUUUGCACAUCGAGGGUGAAUAUACAGAUGUCCGCCGAAGAGACGAUUACAGCCACACUGUUGGAGAACGCGCUCCCAUCCGCAAACCAGUUGAUAACCUGCAUCCUGAAGGAGAAUUUCAAACGCCAGAGAAGCAGAAAUACGUGCCUGCGGAAAAACAAACUCCAUAUAAGCAACACGACAAUCUGAAGCCUGAGGGAGCUUUCACCGGCCGCCCGAAAGACGAUUUCACGCCUAAGCGAGGAGAAAGAGCUGACGUAAAACGUCCUGAAGAUAAUCUUCGGCCUGAAGGUGAAUUCACCCGACCUGAAAAGGAAAAGCCGAAACGUGGAGAGAGGCCCACGCCCGUUAAACCAGUUGACAAUCUUCACACAGAGGGCGAUUUCCAAGCGCCAGAAAAACAGAAAUAUGUUCCUGCUGAGCGCCAAGGUCCAUACAAGCAGCAUGACAAUCUUAAACCAGAGGGAGAUUUCGAAGGGCGGCCGAGGGACGAUUUUACUCCCAAGCGCGGAGAAAGAGCCGACGUCAAGCGCCCGCAAGAUAAUCUCAGGCCUGAAGGCGAGUUCACCAGACCUGAAAAGGAGGCCCCGAAACGUGGCGAAAGACCGACUCCUGUUAAGCCCGUUGACAAUUUGUAUACUGAAGGUGAUUUCCAAGAGCCUGAGAAGCCUCGUUAUGUUCCUGCCGAGCGUCAAUCACCCGUCAAGCAGCGGGACAAUCUUAAACCGGAAGGUGAUUUCGAAGGGCGCCCCAAGGACGAUUUUGCACCCAAGCGUGGAGAAAGAGCCGACGUGAAGCGGCCUGAAGACAAUCUCAGACCAGAAGGUGAAUUUACUAGACCUGAAAAGGAGGCCCCCAAGCAUGGUGAGCGACGAACACCCGUCAAACCAACUGACAACCUCCACACUGAAGGCGACUUUGAGGCUCCAGAAAAGCAACGCUAUGUUCCUGCCGAGCGGCAAUCACCUGUAAAACAACGCGACAAUCUCAGACCAGAGGGUGAAUUCACCAGACCUGAAAAGGAGGCUCCAAAACGAGGCGAGAGACCAACCCCCAUUAGGCCGGUUGAUAAUCUCCACACGGAAGGUGAUUUCCAAGCGCCAGAAAAAACCAAGUUCGUUCCUGCUGAGCGGCAGUCGCCCGUAAAGCAGCGUGACAAUCUUAAACCUGAAGGUGAUUUUGAAGGGCGCCCUAAGGAUGACUUCUCACCUAAACGCGGAGAGAGGGCUGACGUGCGGCGACCAGAGGAUAACCUCCGCCCAGAGGGUGAAUUCACCCGACCUGAAAAGGAAAAGCCGAAACGUGGGGAAAGGCCUACGCCCGUUAAGCCAGUCGACAAUCUUUACACAGAGGGAGAAUUCCAAGCGCCAGAAAAACAAAAAUAUGUUCCUGCUGAGCGCCAAGGUCCAUACAAGCAGCAUGACAAUCUUAAACCAGAGGGUGAAUUCACCAGACCUGAAAAGGAAGCUCCCAAGCAUGGCGAGCGACGAACUCCCGUCAAACCUACCGACAACCUCCACACUGAAGGGGAGUUUGUGGCUCCAGAAAAGCAACGUUAUGUUCCUGCCGAGCGACAAUCGCCCGUAAAACAACGUGACAACCUUAAACCAGAGGGUGAAUUCACUCGACCUGAAAAGGAAGCUCCGAAACGAGGUGAAAGGCCCACGCCCGUUAAACCAGUCGACAAUCUUUACACCGAGGGAGAAUUCCAAGCGCCGGAGAAGCAAAAGUAUGUGCCGGCUGAGAGGCAGGGCCCGUAUAAGCAGCACGACAAUCUUAAACCGGAGGGUGAAUUUACCAGACCUGAAAAGGAGGCGCCCAAGCAUGGCGAACGCCGAACACCCGUUAAACCCACUGACAACCUCCACACUGAAGGCGAGUUUGAAGCUCCAGAAAAGCAACGAUUCAUUCCUGCAGAGCGGCAAUCGCCUGUCAAACAGCGUGACAACCUGAAACCCGAGGGAGAUUUCGAAGGGCGUCCCAAGAACGACUUUGCGCCCAAGCGUGGAGAAAGGGCUGACGUGCGGCGCCCGGAGGAUAACCUCCGCCCAGAGGGUGAAUUCACCCGACCUGUAAAGGAAAAACCAAAACGUGGAGAAAGGCCCACGCCCGUUAAACCAGUUGAUAAUCUUUACACAGAAGGCGAUUUCCAAGCGCCCGAGAAGCCCAAAUAUGUGCCUGCUGAGAGGCAGGGUCCGUAUAAGCAGCAUGACAAUCUCAGACCGGAGGGUGAAUUCACCCGACCUGAAAAGGAGGCCCCCAAGCAUGGCGAGAGACGAACACCUGUCAAACCAACUGACAACCUGCACACAGAAGGUGAAUUUGAGGCACCAGAAAAAACCAAGUUCGUUCCUGCUGAGCGACAGUCACCCGUCAAACAACGCGAUAACCUGAAGCCAGAAGGAGAGUUCGAAGGGCGCCCCAAAAAUGACUAUGGGCCAAAGCGCGGAGAUAGAGCUCCAGUCGUCAAGCACGAGGAUCACUUACGCAUGGAGGGUGUAUUCGAUGACACAUACAGAUCUCGAAAUGACUAUCAGGUUACGCGUGUUGAAAAAAGUCAGAUUGUUAGACAUGUCGACAACCUCUAUAUUGAGGGUGAGUUUGAGGGACGCCCCAAGGACGACUUUGCACCCAAGCGCGGAGAAAGGGCUGAUGUGAAGCGACCUGAAGACAAUCUAAGACCAGAGGGUGAAUUCACGAGACCUGAAAAAGAGGCCCCCAAGCAUGGCGAGCGACGAACACCCGUCAAACAACGUGACAACCUUAAACCAGAGGGCGAUUUUGAAGGUCGCCCUAAGGAUGACUUCUCACCUAAACGCGGAGAAAGGGCUGACGUGCGGCGCCCAGAGGAUAACCUCCGCCCAGAGGGUGAAUUCACUAGACCUGAAAAGGAAAAGCCUAAACGUGGAGAAAGGCCCACGCCCGUUAAACCAGUUGAUAAUCUUUACACAGAGGGCGAUUUCCAAGCGCCUGAGAAGCAAAAGUAUGUGCCGGCUGAGAGGCAGGGCCCGUAUAAGCAGCAUGACAAUCUUAAACCAGAGGGUGAAUUCACCAGACCUGAAAAGGAAGCUCCCAAGCAUGGCGAGCGACGAACACCGGUCAAACCAACUGACAAUCUCCACACUGAAGGCGAUUUCGAAGCCCCAGAAAAGCCACGAUUCGUUCCUGCCGAGCGACAAUCGCCUGUCAAACAACGUGACAACCUUAAACCCGAGGGUGAUUUUGAAGGGCGCCCUAAGGAUGACUUCUCACCUAAACGCGGAGAAAGGGCUGACGUGCGGCGCCCAGAGGAUAACCUCCGCCCAGAGGGUGAAUUCACUCGACCUGAGAAGGAAAAGCCGAAACGUGGAGAAAGGCCCACGCCCGUUAAACCAGUUGACAAUCUUUACACCGAAGGAGAAUUCCAAGCGCCGGAGAAGCAAAAGUAUGUGCCGGCUGAGAGGCAGGGCCCGUAUAAGCAGCACGACAAUCUUAAACCGGAGGGAGAAUUCACCAGACCUGAAAAGGAGGCCCCGAAACGUGGUGAGCGACGAACGCCCGUCAAACCAACUGACAAUCUCCGCACAGAAGGUGAAUUUGAUGCACCAGAAAAAAACAAGUUCGUUCCUGCUGAGCGACAGUCGCCCGUGAAACAACGCGACAACCUUAAGCCAGAAGGAGAGUUCGAAGGGCGCCCCAAAAAUGACUAUGGGCCUAAGCGCGGAGAUAGAGCUCCAGUCGUCAUCCACGAAGAUCACCUCAGGAUGGAAGGAGAAUUUGACGACACUUAUAGAUCAAGAAAUGAUUACAAGAUUGUACGUGUUGAAAAAAGUCAAAUUGUGAGACACAUGGACAACCUGUAUCUUGAAGGAGAGUUCCAAUCGCAUGAAAAGCCCAAGUUUGUGCCUGGUGAAAGGCAGUCGCCAGUAAAACAGCGAGAUAACCUGAAACCAGAGGGUGAAUUCACCAGACCUGAAAAAGAGGCCCCCAAACGUGGCGAGCGACGAACGCCCGUCAAACCAACUGACAAUCUCCACACAGAAGGCGAGUUUGAUGCUCCAGAAAAAACCAAGUUCGUUCCUGCUGAGCGGCAGUCGCCCGUUAAACAACGCGAUAACCUUAAACCUGAAGGCGAUUUCGAAGGGCGCCCCAAGGACGAUUUUGCACCCAAGCGUGGAGAAAGAGCCGACGUGAAGCGGCCUGAAGACAAUCUCAGACCAGAAGGUGAAUUUACUAGACCUGAAAAGGAGGCCCCGAAACGUGGCGAGCGAAGAACACCCGUCAAACCAACUGACAACCUCCACACUGAGGGUGAUUUUGAGGCUCCAGAAAAGCCACGCUAUGUUCCUGCCGAGCGGCAAUCACCUGUAAAACAACGCGACAAUCUCAGACCAGAGGGUGAAUUCACCAGACCUGAAAAGGAGGCUCCAAAACGAGGCGAGAGACCAACCCCCGUUAGGCCGGUUGACAAUCUUCACACAGAGGGCGAUUUCCAAGCGCCAGAAAAACAAAAAUAUGUUCCUGCUGAGCGCCAAAGUCCAUACAAGCAGCAUGACAAUCUUAAACCAGAGGGAGAUUUCGAAGGGCGGCCGAGGGACGAUUUUACUCCCAAGCGCGGAGAAAGAGCCGACGUCAAGCGCCCGCAAGAUAAUCUCAGGCCUGAAGGCGAGUUCACCAGACCUGAAAAGGAGGCCCCGAAACGCGGCGAAAGACCGACUCCUGUUAAGCCUGUCGACAAUUUGUAUACUGAAGGCGAUUUCCAAGAGCCUGAGAAGCCUCGUUAUGUUCCUGCCGAGCGUCAAUCACCCGUCAAGCAGCGCGACAAUCUCAGACCCGAAGGUGAAUUUACUAGACCUGAAAAGGAAGCUCCAAAACGCGGCGAGCGACGAACGCCUGUCAAACCAACUGACAACCUCCACACUGAAGGCGACUUCGAGGCUCCAGAAAAGCCACGUUUCGUUCCUGCCGAGCGGCAAUCGCCCGUCAAACAACGCGAUAACCUUAAACCCGAGGGUGAAUUCACCAGACCUGAAAAGGAAGCUCCAAAACGCGGCGAGAGACCAACCCUCGUUAAGCCGGUUGAUAAUCUCUACACGGAAGGUGAUUUCCAAGCACCAGAAAAAACCAAGUUUGUUCCUGCUGAGCGGCAGUCACCCGUCAAGCAGCGUGACAAUCUUAGACCUGAGGGUGAAUUUACCAGACCUGAAAAAGAGGCCCCCAAGCAUGGCGAGCGAAGAACGCCCGUCAAACCGAUUGAUAACCUCCACACUGAAGGUGAGUUUGAGGCCCCAGAAAAGCAACGCUAUGUUCCUGCUGAGCGACAAUCGCCCGUUAAACAACGUGACAACCUUAAACCUGAGGGUGAUUUUGAAGGACGCCCUAAGGACGAUUUCUCACCUAAACGUGGAGAAAGGGCUGACGUGCGGCGUCCAGAGGAUAACCUCCGCCCAGAGGGUGAAUUCACCCGACCUGAAAAGGAAAAGCCAAAACGUGGAGAGCGACCCACGCCUGUAAAACCAGUUGAUAAUCUUUACACUGAAGGAGGUUUCCAAGCGCCAGAAAAACAGAAAUAUGUGCCUGCUGAGCGCCAAGGCCCAUACAAGCAGCAUGACAAUCUUAAACCAGAGGGUGAAUUCACCAGACCUGAAAAGGAAGUUCCCAAGCAUGGGGAGCGACGAACACCGGUCAAACCCACUGACAAUCUCCACACUGAAGGUGAUUUCGAAGCUCCAGAAAAGCCACGAUUCGUUCCUGCCGAGCGACAAUCACCCGUUAAACAACGUGACAACCUUAAACCAGAGGGUGAAUUCACUCGACCUGAAAAGGAAGCUCCGAAACGAGGUGAAAGGCCCACGCCCGUUAAACCAGUCGACAAUCUUUACACCGAGGGAGAAUUCCAAGCGCCGGAGAAGCAAAAGUAUGUGCCGGCUGAGAGGCAGGGCCCGUAUAAGCAGCACGACAAUCUUAAACCGGAGGGAGAAUUUACGAGACCUGAGAAGGAGGUCCCCAAGCAUGGCGAGCGACGAGCGCCCGUCAAACCAACGGACAACCUCCAUACUGAAGGCGACUUUGAGGCACCAGAAAAACCGCGUUUCGUUCCUGCCGAGCGACAAUCACCCGUUAAACAACGUGACAAUCUUAAACCGGAGGGAGAAUUCACCCGACCUGAAAAGGAAGCCCCGAAACGAGGUGAAAGGCCCACGCCCGUUAAACCAGUUGAUAAUCUUUACACCGAAGGAGAAUUCCAAGCGCCGGAGAAGCAAAAGUAUGUGCCGGCUGAGAGGCAGGGCCCGUAUAAGCAGCACGACAAUCUUAAACCGGAGGGAGAAUUCACCAGACCUGAAAAGGAAGCUCCGAAACGCGGCGAAAGACCUACUCCUAUCAAACCUACAGACAACCUGCACACAGAAGGUGAAUUUGAGGCACCAGAAAAAACCAAGUUCGUUCCUGCUGAGCGACAGUCACCCGUCAAACAACGCGAUAACCUGAAGCCAGAAGGAGAGUUCGAAGGGCGCCCCAAAAAUGACUAUGGGCCAAAGCGCGGAGAUAGAGCUCCAGUCGUCAAACACGAGGAUCACUUACGCAUGGAGGGUGAAUUCGAUGACACAUACAGAUCACGAAAUGACUAUCAGAUGACUCGUGUGGAAAAAAGCCAAAUAAUUAGACACCAAGACAACCUAUAUCCGGAAGGGGACUUCCAGCGUCCUGAAAAAACGCAGUAUUCGCCAGCUGAGCGUGUUACUCCAUACAAAGUGCACGACAACCUGCGACCUGAGGGCGAAUUCCAAGGCCGACCGAAGGAUGACUUCACCCCAAAAAGAGGCGAACGUGCCGACGUCAAGAAGCCAAAGGACAACCUGAAACCGGAAGGAGAAUUCGAGCGGCACCCGAAAGAGGCAGCACCAGGUCGUGGCGAAAGAGCCGAAAUUCGUAAGCCGACUGAUAAUCUCAGACCCGAGGGCGAGUUUGAAGUCACUCCGAAAAAGAAAGCACCGACUCGAGGGGAGCGCGCUGACAUUGUGGUUCCGCAAGAUAAUCUGCAGCUAGAGGGAGAGUUUGAUGAUACUUAUCGGUCGCGAAAUGAGUUCAAGGUUGUUCGCGUUGAAAGGAGUCAGAUUGUUAAGCACACUGACAAUCUCCACAUGGAAGGUGACUUCGUGGAUCACCGAUACAGAGACGACUAUAAAACCACAGUUGGAGAACGAGCCGAGGUGAAGAGACCAGUUGAUAAUUUGAAACCCGAGGGCAACUUUGAUGGGAAGCCCAGGGACGACUUCACUCCAAAGAGAGGAGACCGCGCUCCAGUCAAAAAGCCGCAGGAUAACUUGCGACCUGAGGGAGAGUUUGAGACGCCAGAAAAGGCAGGUUACCGUCCAGGAGAGAGACAGAAGCCGAUCCGCCAUGACGAUAACCUGCAUCCUGAAGGUGACUUCUACCGGCCUGAAAAAGGCACUGUCCCGAGAGGGGAGAGGCAGUCGCCAAUAAAGCAUCCGGAUAAUCUCAAGCCUGAGGGAGACUUUGAUAGGCCGUUGAAGGAGUCGGUCGGCCCCGGCCACAGACCGUCGCCAAUAAGACACGCCGAUAACCUGAAGCCAGAGGGCGAAUUUGACAGACCUUCAAAGGAGUCGGUUGGUCCAGGCCACCGCCCUGCGCCAAUUAGGCAUCCGGACAAUCUCAAGCCCGAGGGAGACUUUGAUAGACCUUCAAAGGAGUCGGUUGGCCCUGGCCACCGCCCUUCGCCUAUAAAACAUGCAGACAACCUGAAGCCUGAGGGCGAAUUUGACAGACCAUCGAAGGAGUCAGUUGGUCCAGGUCACCGCCCUUCGCCAAUUAGGCAUCCCGACAAUCUGAAGCCCGAGGGAGACUUUGAUAGGCCGUCAAAAGAGUCGGUUGGCCCUGGCCACCGCCCUUCGCCUAUAAAACAUGCAGACAACCUGAAGCCCGAGGGAGAUUUCGAGAGGCCCGUGAAACAGAUGGCAGAGCCCGGCGAGCGGCAGAGACCCAUUAAGCAGAGGGACAACUUGAAAUUAGAAGGCGAGCACGAGAAACAGCCAAAGCACACAGCGCCACUCAAAGGGGAGCGCGCGGAGGUGAAAAAGCCAAAGGAUAACCUGGCACCCGAGGGAGAGUUCGAAAAGAGACACCGCGAUGACUACAGCGUCGUUCGCGGCGAGAGAGCAGAAAUCGUACACCACAAGACCAAUCUCACAAUGGAAGGUGAAUUUGACGAGACUUCCAGAACUCGAAAUGACUUUAAGGUUGUUCGCGGAGAAAGAGCGGAAAUUGUGCGGCAUGUAGAUAAUUUGAAACAAGAAGGCGUGUAUGAGCCGCAAAGAAGAAACGACUAUGCCACAACGAGAGGAGAGAGAGCCGAAGUGGUCGUUCAUGAAGACCAUUUGAGGAUGGAAGGAGAGUUUGAUGAUUCUUAUAGAUCAAGAAAUGAUUAUGCGGUGAAAAACACCGAAAGGACUGUGCGAAUCGUGCACAAGGAUAACUUGCACGUGGAAGGAGAGUUCAUUGACCACAGUUACAAAAACGAAUACUCUGUCACUCGAGGGGAGCGUGCCGAGAUCAAAAAGCCGCAAGACAAUCUCCAUCCCGAGGGUGACUUCGAAGGACGCAAACCUGAGCAGCGUCCGCUUCGUGGGGAAAGGGCUGAAGUGCGGAUUCCGCAGGACAAUCUCAGACCUGAAGGCGAAUUCGAGAAGCGGCCCAAGGAGGCUCCGGGACGUGGUGAGCGCCAGUCGCCCAUCAAGCAUUCCGACAACCUGAAACCAGAAGGCGAUUUCGAGCGGCCGUCCAAAGCACCGUAUCGGCCGGCAGAGCGGGUAUCGCAGACGAAGCACCCUGACAAUCUCAAGGUGGAAGGCGAGUUCGAGAGACGCCCCAAGGAGACGACCCCCCUCAGAGGCGACCGGGCCGACGUGCAGAGACCCAAGGACAACCUGCAUCCUGAGGGAGAAAUGUCAUAUAGGCCGCGGAACGAGUUCACGGCCACUAAAGGAGAUCGAGCGGAAAUCGUGCACCACGAGGACCAUUUGAGAAUGGAAGGAGAAUUCGAUGAUUCAUACAGAACCAGGAACGAAUUCAGGGUGGUAAAAGGCGAGCGCGCAGUGAUCCAAAGAAGAACAGACACGCUACACAUGGAGGGUGAAUUCGUGGACCACAGCAGGAGGGACGACUUCAAGGUUGUCAGAGGUGAAAGAGCUGAGGUCAAAAGGCCGGUCGACAACCUUCACAUGGAUGGAGAAUUCCAAGAUCGGCCAAAGGAUAAAGCACCGCUCCGUGGAGAGAGAGCCGACGUGAAACGGCCAACAGACAAUCUGAAGACGGAGGGUGAAUUUUACAAACCAGAACGCAACGUGCCCGGCAAGGGUGAACGCCAGUCGCCGAUCAAACACCCCGACAACCUCAAAGUGGAAGGAGACUUUGACCGGCCGGACAAAUCACCAUUCAAGGCUGCUGAAAGACUGAGUCCAGUGAAACACGCGGACAAUUUGAAACCGGAAGGCGACUUCGAGCGCCCUGAAAAGCAGCCGUAUGGACGCGGAGAGCGCCAGUCUCCAAUCAAGCACCCGGACAAUUUGAGAGUGGAGGGCGACUUUGACAGGCCCCACAAGACCCCUGUCGGACAGGGCGAACGCCAAUCUCCCAUUAAACACCCUGACAAUCUGAGAGUGGAGGGUGAUUUCGACCGUCCUGAGAGACAGCCUUACGGGCGAGGAGAGCGUCAGACUCCCAUCAAGCACCCGGACAACCUGAGGGUGGAGGGUGACUUCGAUCGACCUCAGAAGCAGACACCUGGCGUAGGUGAAAGACAAGCACCCAUCAGGCAGAAAGACAACCUUAAGCCUGAGGGUCAUUUCGAAGGUCGACCGCGUGAUGAUAAUGUUCCUAGAGGUGAAAGAGCCGAGGUUAAGAAGCCGCAGGACAACCUGAAACUUGAGGGCGACUUCGCCAGGCGAGAGCAAGCAAGUUCCGUGAGAGGCGAACGGUACGCAACCGUGAAGCACCAAGACAAUCUGAAAUUAGAGGGCGAGUUCGUCGACACCAGAGAGAAAACGACCAGAGUGCUGGUCGGCGAGAGGGCCGAGGUUAAAAAGCCUUCGGACAAUUUGAAAAUAGAGACGGGAACCUUUGAAGGAAAGUCGGUCAAUCGAUCGGCCUUUGACAAAACCACUUCGAUUCGAACCAACGCCGCGUACACCAACGUUACUCGAGCUGAAAGACGCAACCAGAUGAAGUCCUCGAUUUCUUUUGGCGACGACACGCAGUCGACCCAGAGGCGCCAGACCGUCGUCCGAAACGCCGGCGGGCCCGCGGACGCCGUGCCGCAGUCGCACUCGAACGUCACGUCCAACUCAAACACGGAGACGAGAGUGAUGCCGGACGGCAGCAUCGUGACGACAACAAAGCGGUCGUCGACCGUCGAUCGCAGCUCUCAAUCGGCGAUGAGGGACUCCCAGCAGAGGGAAAGCUCAGAAGUGAGGUCGACCCAAAGCCACUUGGCGUCCAGCGACGUCUCGCAAAGCUCCGAACAACGGCAGACCGUGAUUUCGAACAACAGAAAGGCUUCAGCAGUGAACACGAAAGCCAGAUCCGAGAGCUCCUCACAGAUCUUCUCGGCAAUUGGCACGGACACGAGCUCCUCCGUCCGCCGCUCCAGCCAGCAGCAACAGCAGUCCAGCUCGCAAAUCUCCAGCAGCCAAGUCCAAAAGUCCGAACAAAUUUCGAAGAGCGUCCAAUCCUCGCAGGUGUCCAGCAGCGUCCUGCAGUCGGACCAAGUGUCCAGCAGCAUCCACCAAUCCGGACAAACGACAAGGAACGUCCAUCAAUCGGGACAGGCUCUGUCCAGCAGCAUCCAACAAUCUGGACAAGCAACUAAAAGUGUCCAGCAGUCCAGCAACAUCCAACAAUCUGGAAAAACCUCGAGGAGCGUCCAGCAAACAGGACAGUCGGUGUCCAGCAGCACGCGACAGAGUGGACAUCAGCUGAGCACCUCUUCAUCGAUGCAAAACGUCAGCAGUUCGUCCGUCUCUGGCGGCCUGCACCUUUCCGAGUCGAGAAGCCAGCACAACCUGUCCGAGUCAGCGCAGCACCACCGCAAGAGCGUCAUCUCGUCCACUGCAGAGGACGUGAGCAACUCGGUGCUGCACAGGAAGAGCACGGCGCCGUCAAACGAGUCCGUCCACGUGUCGUCCAUGUCGGCGCUGAGCCAGCGCAAGAGCAUCAACAAUCUCACCGAGUCGGCGUCGUCCUGCUACACCAACCAGCAGCAGGCGAACCGCGUCAGCCUGUCCACGCUGCACAGACACUCGAACGAGGUGCGACACGGCGCCUCCGACUCCCGGACGGUGCACCAAGGAGGGCAGCGGGCGGAACGCGUCGUCCGACAAGACAACCUCAGCGUCGGCGGAGGCGCGUUCUACGGCCAGAGCGAGGCCAAGUCGUACGGAAACUUCCAAUCGCAGCAGCAGCAGCAGCAGCGGGUCACGCAGACGUCGCACAGGGGAAAGCAGCUGGCGUCACACAUAGGAUUUGGCGGCAGUGGCUUCGACGGAAACUCGUCCUACAGAAAGGAGUACGUGGUGGUGCACUCGGGAACGUGUCCCGCAGCCCUGCUUGAGACGGAAAAGUCCUCCUACAAGCAUAAGCGAGACACUAAGGAGCACAAAUUCUACGCCCCUAAAUCUGGAAAAUAAUUAAAUGCUUUUGUUAAAAAUUUUAUGAUAUAUAAUGCAACGCACUACUAUUAUGUGCACUUUGAGCCUGCUUCAUAAUAAUAGAAGAUUAAUUUUGUUGAAAAUCGUGCCAAUCUCGAAAACAUCGUUGUAUGUUCUGACAAUCUUUGUUAUGGUAAAAAAGGAGCUUUAAUAAUUAUAACGGAUAUUAAGUCUUCCAGGCUCCUUCUAUCUCGUCACGUUUAGCAAUAAUAAAAAACAUAAUAAGUGAUGUAUCAAAACGAACUAUUUAGAAAAUUAUAAAAUUUGUUGUAGCUUUUUUAAGCAUUUAAUAUUUUAAGUUUUUACUGAUUUAUUAACAACACUUCUCUUUCAUGGGCAUCAACUCGGUUUUAAAUAGAAAAAGGCGCGUGCACCAACAGCACGCAUUUAAUAAAAUGUUAUAAUUACGUGAUGUACUUUAACGUGAAAUAAAAUGCUUUGCCUAACUGAAUCAAA